CCAGUGCGCUCCGCGGCCGGCCGCGGACGGGCGGGCCGGGUCUGUGCUACGUGUCGCGGCAGCUGCGCAUCUCCGGCUGGAUAGCCGGAGCGACCGGCCUCCGGACCAGGGCGUGUCCGGGCGUACGGAGCAGGAGCCGGCGUCGCCGCAAGCAGCAGCAAAACUACCAAGUUCGGGACAAUAUAACAUACCCUGCUUCGUUAAAGUUUCUUAUUAUCUCCUCCACAAGCUGAAGAUGAAUGGAUGUAUGCCGGCAAAUUUCAGCUUUUCCCCCUACAACUGGCAUAAAUACAAAUGCUUCCAGCAAGUCGGUUUGCGCCGGGUGCCGGUCGAGUGUCUGGUCAACCUCGGGGACGACCCCAUCAAAACCCAAUCGUGGGCUCCGCGGUGCGACGCUGACCUGAGACUGGUUGUCGGCUUCAACUGCUUUGCCUCCAGCUGGGGCCUGCUCAAAGGCCCAGAGGCCAGUUCCUCUGAGCCGGCCACCCGCGAGUUCGCCGCGUCCCUGGUCUCAGGUCUGAAGGACUCUUUGGUGGAUAUCAGCAGCGACCAGGACUGGCUGGCCGCCACCCGACAGUACAUCGACCGCUGCGCCGAGAACGCCGACCCGAGCCUGACGCCGGGCCGGCUGGCCGUCCACCUGCUGAUGUGUCUCGAGCUGCAGUGGUACAGCAGCUGCGGCCGCCAGCACGAGCAGAAUGGCACCCUGAGCGCGGAGGGUGCGCGGCGCAGGGCCGCCGUCCUCUCCGGUAGCUGCCCUCUCAGCCCCAACACGCUGAGGACAGCCCUGGAGCGAGUCACUGGGCACACGAUGAAGGAGUGCUGGAGGGUGCCUUUCGGCGAGAGCAGCCCCUAUCGGCUGUACGACGCUGGCGUGGCCGGUCUGGCCUGCCUCCUGAAUGACUUCACCAAGAGAGACGGCACGCUGAACUUGGGCCGCCUGAGGGGCGCGAUCAGGCGUGACAACGCCAAGGGGAACAGAAACAAAUGUGGGGAGAAAAAUGAAAACGGAAAAGGAGAUGGCAAUGGCAAGGGGAACGGUAAAGGAAAAGGAAAGGGUAAAGGAAAGGGAAAUGGUAAAGGGAAGGGAAAUGGUAAGGGAAAAGGAAAGGGGAAAGGAAACCCGGAUGACAAUGGAGAAGAAUCGCAGUACUGUACUCUGCUGGAGAUUGUGGACAACUGUGACGGCACUAAGACUGCCGAGCAGUUCGCCAAGUGCUGGGCCGAGUACGGCUCCCCCAGCUGCGGUUACCAGCUGACCAACACGCUGGCAGCCCAGCUCCCGGACGGGUGCCACGCGAAACCUGCCUUCAACCAGAACCAACGCGCUGACUGAACCGCCGCGCUGUCUGGCCUCCAGUCCCAGCUUCCUUUCCGUAGUAGCAGGUUCAGGAGAGAUCCCACGUUAUGCUGCCUAACCGCGCACAAUAUUGUGGCGCGUAGAGGUGUCUCGUGCAUAUGUAACCAGCUAUGCUUCUGACUGUUUUAUUUUCGGGGAAAUAUAAUACUGCAUAUUCUG